AUGAUAACUAUCCCAAACAUUAAAUAUUUUUUUCCCUUCAUACAGAUAUCUACAAAAGAGUCAGUUUUUCAAAGUGGCUGUAUUCCAUUUUAUCGCUCUACAGCAGCAUGUGGAACUGGAGAUCAAAAUGUUGUGCUAGGAAUUCCUUCUACUGAGAAUACAAGAGAACAAAUAAACACUUUAACUUCAUUUAUUGACGCAUCUACAGUCUAUGGCAGCACAGUAGCUUCAGAAAAAAAAGUAAGAAACUAUUCCAGUGAGGAAGGACUACUAAGAGUAAAUACUCAAUAUUCUGAUCAUGGAAGAGACUACAUGCCAUUUGUAGAUGAUAUUCCAUCACUCUGCCUUCAAGAUCCUCAUUCUGUUUCUGAAGAAAGAGUUGAAUGUUUUCUUGCUGGUGAAAGCAGAUCCAAUGAAGUUGUAUCUUUGGCAGCAAUCCAUACACUGUGGGUGAGAGAACACAAUCGCUUGGCCAAAGCUUUAAAGAACCUUAAUUCUCACUGGAGCUCUGAAACAACAUACCAGGAAGCUCGGAAGAUUGUUGGUGCAUUACAUCAGAUAAUCACCAUUCGAGAUUAUAUUCCUAAAAUCGUUGGUUCAUAUGCUUUUCAUCAGUAUGCCGGCACCUAUCAAGGAUAUAAUGAAAACACAGAUCCUUCAAUUUCAAAUGUGUUUUCAACAGCAGCAUUUCGCUUCGGCCAUGCAACCAUACCUCCCAUUGUGCACAGACUGGAUUCUCAAUAUAGAGAGAGCCAACUUUAUCCAAAUCUUCUACUGAGUGAAGUUUUCUUUCGGCCCUGGAGGAUAAUAAAAGAAGGUGGUCUAGAUCCCUUGAUAAGAGGUCUGUUAGGAAAACUGGCAAAGUUGCAGACACAGAAGCAGCUCAUGAAUGAAGAGUUAACAGAAAAGCUGCUUGUCCUAUCCAUUAAUGGUUCAAUGGAUUUGGCAUCCCUUGAUUUGCAGCGGGGUCGUGACCAUGGCUUACCAGGAUACAAUGACUGGAGAGAAUAUUGCAGAUUACCACGACUGAACACUUCAGCAGACAUGAAAAUGGUUAUAUCUGACGACAAUAUAAUCAGUAGAAUUAUGGAGCAAUAUAAACAUCCUAAUAAUAUAGAUGUCUGGCUGGGUGGCCUGAUAGAAGAUCUUCUUCCUGACUCUAGAACUGGACCUUUAUUUGCAUGUUUAAUUGCAAAGCAAAUGAAAGCACUGCGAGAUGGAGACAGGUUUUGGUAUGAAAACUCCAUGAUGUUUACUGAGACUCAGAGAAAGGAGCUUGAGAAACAUUCCCUUUCCCGUGUGGUUUGUGAUAACACAGGCCUGAGCCACGUACCACCUGAUGCUUUUCUUACAGGAAAAUAUCCAGAUGACUUUGUAUCAUGUGACAGUGUACCCAGCCUAGAUCUCGAAGUUUGGAAGGAGAACAUUGAAAAACGUACAUCCUGUGGCCUUCCAAUGAAGAUAGAAAAUGGUGACUUUGUGUUUUGUUCGGAGGCUGUGUUAAUUUAUUUUUGUUACUCCGGCUAUCACUUAGAAGGACAUGAAGAAUUAGCGUGUCAAGGAAAUCAAUGGAGUACCAAACCCCCAUUUUGUUCAGGUACAGUUUAUUACAGAGCAUUACAAUGA